AUGUUCAAAUCACUUUUACAUCCAGAUACAACAUACAAAUCAACACAAAACAGAAUUUGAAAACAUUCUGUAUUUACACUAUCUAGUACUUUGAUUUAGAUUUUGUUUGAUUCUGUGAUACCUUUAUCCGAACAACUCUAGAAAAUGAACUGCAAAAUCUUCGCCGUCUCCAUCAUUGUGUUCCUGGCAUUUCAGGUUAUUUGUGAAGGAAUGAGCCUUGGGGGUCUGGGAGUCGAUCAACGCUGUCGCUGCAUUGAAACAGAGAGUCGGCGCAUUGGCAAACUCAUAGAGAGUGUGGAGCUGUUUCCCCCCAGCUCUCACUGCAAAGACACAGAGAUCAUUGCCACUCUAAAGGGAACUGGGCAAGAGAUCUGUCUGGAGCCAGCUGCUCCCUGGGUUAAGAAAGUCAUUGAGAAGAUCAUUGCCAACAAAGCACCAUGAACAUUUCGACUACGAACGCCGUUUUUUAAAAGAAAUAUUAAGCAUGGGGAGUGGAUGAAUCUCUCCACUUCAACAGAGUUUCAACUUUCACUGAUGGCAACAUUGUAGCCUUUUAUGUGCGUGUAUUUAUAUUGUAUUUAUUGAGAAUUAGUAUUUAUUUACUGAAAAUAAUGAAGGUUAUUUAUUUUUUAUAAUUUAUAUUGUUUGUAAUUACAGGCAUUUUACAAAUGUUCUAUUUUAGCCAAAGUGUGUUUGGAUGUACAGUAUGACAUUUCACUAUGAUAUUAAGCUUUACGCUUUCUCCCAUUCACAUACUGUGUGUGAUCAAAUGUUUCAUCUGAGUUAUUAUAGGAUGUCAUUGUUAACUACACAUUCAUGAGUAUAACAGACAGACACAAUGAUGUAAUUUAAGUAUCUACACUUAAUUUUGUCAGAGGUUUUGCUUCAUUGAUUUUGUAAUAAAUAUAUAUUUUGUAAUAAAUUUUGUACUAAAA